AUGCAUCGCACAUACUCCAUGCGCCAGACCAGGGCGCCGACUGCGUCCCAGAUCCAGAACCCUCCCCCGCCGCCUUCCACCACCAAGUCUGGCCGCCUCUUCGGUCGCGGCGGUUUCGGCGGUCUAGGCCAUGCUCUCCGACGCAACGCUGCCGGCGCCUUUGGCCCAGAUCUGGCCAAGAAGCUCACACAGCUGGUGAAGAUGGAGAAGAAUGUCAUGCGCAGUCUAGAGACUGUCGCCAAGGAGAGAAUGGAUGUUGCUCAACAACUCUCCAUCUGGGGCGAGGCCUGCGACGAGGAUGUCUCGGAUGUCACGGACAAGUUGGGUGUCUUGCUCUAUGAGAUCGGCGAGCUGGAAGACCAAUACGUCGACCGCUACGACCAGUACCGUGUCACUAUGAAGAGUAUUAGAAAUAUCGAGGCCUCAGUGCAGCCGAGCAGAGACCGCAAGCAGAAGAUCACCGACCAGAUCGCUCAGUUGAAGUACAAGGAGCCGAACUCGCCGAAGAUCGUUGUCCUCGAGCAGGAGCUUGUUCGCGCAGAGGCCGAGUCCCUUGUGGCCGAGGCUCAGCUGUCCAACAUCACCCGUGAGAAGAUCAAGGCGGCCUAUACCUACCAGUUCGAUGCUCUGCGGGAGCACUGCGAGAAGGUGGCCAUCAUUGCUGGAUAUGGCAAGCACUUGCUUGAGCUCAUCGACGAUACCCCUGUCACUCCUGGUGAGACCCGCGCAGCCUAUGACGGGUAUGAGGCCAGCAAGGCCAUCAUUCAGGACUGCGAGGAUUCCCUCACAAACUGGGUGACCCAGAAUGCUGCUGUUCACUCCAAGCUGUCUACUCGCGCCAGGAAUCUCUCCCAGCGCCGUCGCAACAACAUCAAGAACCGUGAGGGCCACGACUUGUCUGGCCAGGAUGCCCCGCUUAACGAUCGGGACUCCUGGGUACCUGCUGAGCACCACAAGGGAGAGGACUAUGAUGAGGAUGAAGACGAGGACGAGGAAGAUGCCCACAGCGAGGGCCUGAAUGGCGAGAGUCGAGGACGUACUGAGGCCAUUGCUGCUUAA